GACAUGAGCGAGACGGCCUUUGGUGGAGUGUAUCACUGCCCGGAAAGAUAGCGGCCUUUUGAGGCUCCCUGGGAUGGCACCCGAAGGAGGUCCUCGAAAUGCCUUUUUCGACCAGGGAUCACGAUCUUGGACCGAUGUGUUGCCGCGGACGGAACAUGUAGAUCUAUUCCGCAAUGCAGACUAUGGAGCCACGGACCUGGGAAUCAUCGAGGACUUCGGUCCGGCGCUGCGAAUGUACACCACUAUGAUCUUCACCGACAGUCGUGGCGCAGGUCUCUACUGGGGCAAACGACGGAUCGCCAUCUACAAUGAGGGUUUCGCGGUCAUGGCCGACAAAUUACAUCCGUACCUCAUGGGCAGAGCCUUCGAAGAUGUUUUCGGACCUCAAAUGUGGGACUCUAUGCGCCACGUCUUCAAUCACGCGGAAAGCAGCGGCCAGACCGUCGACGUCGACAACAUCCUUUUAUUUCCGGUCAGAAGGGGAAUCCCAGAGGAGAGCUACUUCGUCGGCCAGUUCAUCCCCCUGCGAGGAGAUAGUGGCGAAAUCGAGGGAUUCUACAACACGGUGAAUGAAACAACUAAUACAGUCCUGCAAGAUCGCCGGCGGCGGGUGCUUGAGAACAUUACAGCGCUACCGUCACGCUCCGUUGAGGAGACUUUGGCAUUAGCGAUCGAGGCCCUGAAGGAGAAUCCAAACGAUGUGCCCAUGGCAUUGCUGUAUUCCUGUGUGGAUCCUAACAGCGAGACCAACCUGGAUUUACAACUGCGCGGAAGCAUAGGAAUACCCAAUGACCAUCGUUGUGCACCCAAAAUCGCAAAACUUGACAGCGACCAGGGUGGACUAAUACCGUGUUUUCGGCAAGCUCGUGAGAGUGGAAAGCCAGUCGUUCUGAGUGAGACCGAUGGUAGCUUGCAACGAACGAACGGUCUGUUUGAGGGCGUCUCUUGGUGCGGAUUCGGGGAACCGUGUCGGGACGUGGUCAUCCUACCACUUACUAGCUCCGGUUCUCUGAUAGGUUUCUACGUCCAGGGCCACAACCCAAGGCGACUCUUUGACGAUAUCUCUGAACUGGCCAUCACAAGCACGGCGAGGCAGAUAGAGGCGAAAUGGAUGUCCACACUUACCGCAGAACAAGCCACAAAGAGGGAAGCAGCGCUUGAGCGGCGAGCCACCGAGAGUGAGAAUCGCUUCCGGCAGACGGCCCUCCACGCUCCCUUGGGAAUGGUUCAGGUCACGAUGGACGAACAGAUAAAGUUUGCCAACGAACAGUUUUAUGAAAUCACUGGUUACGACAGGACCCGAUCGGACGUGGCCCACUACUGGGACUGCAUCCAUCCGGACGAAGUAGAACGAACGCAGCGAGUCCUUCUCGAGAUCUACACCACCGGAGAGCGCUAUACGCAUGAGCUUCGGCUACGACGUACAUGGAAGCCACCGGGUGAGGACGCAGAGGAGCAACCGGCCUGGAUACUGUCGACAAACAUACCGGUGUUUGAGAACGGAGAGUUAAAACUCAUCAUGAGCUAUGUGCUUGAGAUUUCGGAGUUGAAGUGGGCAGAAUCAGUGCAAUCUCGGAACGCAGCCGCCGCUCUUCAGGCCAAGAAACAGCAAGAGGAGUUUAUCGAUGUGACCUCGCAUGAAAUGAGAAACCCCUUGACUGCGAUGAUGCAACUUGCCGAUGGGAUCACAACGAGUCUACCGACUAGCGAGUCUACUUCAAUCGACGAAUACCGUGCUGCCAUACAAGAUAAUGUGGAUGCCGCACAUACUAUACUCGCAUGCGCGCACCACCAGAGACGUGUCAUCGAUGACGUCCUGAUCCUAUCGCGGUUGGAAUCGGACAUGCUGAGCAUCACACCUGUCCCGCAGCGACCAAGUCGUACGGUCGAUGACAUCCUGAAGAUGUAUUCUGGUGAAGUCGCGAUGAACGGAACGUCGAUGGAGCCCAUCCGAGAUCCAUCCAUCGAUGAUCUGAAUAUCGACUACGUCUUGCUCGAUACGUCUCGGCUGGCCCAGGUGCUCAUCAAUCUCCUGAGCAAUGCCAUCAAAUUCACCGCUCAACGACCAGUACGAGAGAUCACUGUCAGCUACGGCGCCAGCCGUUGGCCGCCUCGGGUCACCACGUCUUUCGGCGACAUUGACUGGGCCAAGUCGAAUGGAUCUCCACACAGUACCGCAUUGCCGCCUCUUGCGAAAGGUGAGGAGCAGCUAUACAUAUGGUUUUGUGUACAGGACACUGGCGCUGGCAUGACCGCCGAGGAAAUGAAGCGUCUGUUUAAGCGAUUCUCCCAGGCCUCCUCCAGAACGCAUAUCGAUUACGGGGGGUGUGGGAUCGGGCUGUAUAUUUGCCGACAACUCGCAGAAAAGCAAGGCGGACAAGUCGGAGUGGCAUCUCGAAAAGGCAAAGGAUCUGCUUUUGGAUUCUACAUCGAGACGAGGAGGGCCGAGGCCAUCAACGGCGGAGUUCCCUCACAGACUGUGCCGGCUUCGCCCAUCUCUGCAAAAAACGGUCAUAGCCCUGCACCACAACAUAUCUUACUGUGCGAGGACAACAUUGUGAAUCAGCGGAUUCUGGCGAAGCAAUUGCGGUCCAAAGGCUGUACGGUCACUGUUGCCAACCACGGACAGGAAGCACUCGAAAUUCUGGAGAAGUCCGACUGGCGGUGUGACAAGCCUGCGGCCGAUACAUCUUCCAUCGACGUCGUCCUGCUCGAUUGGGAAAUGCCAAUCAUGAACGGGCUGCAGUGCUGUCAAAAGAUCCGCGAGUUCGAGACCUCUGGCGAGGCGAAUCGAAGACUGCCAGUCAUUGCCAUCACUGCAAAUGUGCGACAAGCCCAAAUCGAAGAGGCAAUGGCUGCUGGAAUGGAUACUGUCGUUCCCAAACCUUUUACUGUUACGGAGUUAUUGGAUAGCAUUGAGAAUCUUGCAAAAAGAAGAGCAUCGACAGGCAGCGCAGUUUGA